AUGACAUCACCUUUAUCUACACAACUGGGCCAAAAGUGGACUGCUUCAACAGUCAGAUCUACAUUCUUAGACUACUUUAAGAGCAAGAGAGACCACACUUAUGUACCAUCAUCUUCGGUUGUUCCUCACAAUGACCCAACCUUGUUGUUUGCGAAUGCAGGUAUGAACCAAUACAAGCCGAUCUUUUUAGGUACAGUUGAUCCAAGUAGCGAUUUUGCCAAAUUGAAGAGAGCAGCCAAUUCACAGAAAUGUAUUAGAGCUGGUGGUAAGCACAACGAUUUAGAGGAUGUUGGUAGAGAUUCUUAUCAUCAUACCUUUUUUGAAAUGCUUGGUAAUUGGUCAUUUGGUGAUUAUUUCAAGAAAGAAGCAAUCGGUUGGUCCUGGGAGCUUUUGACAGAAGUAUACGGCUUGGAGAAAGAUAGGUUGUACGUGACUUACUUUGAAGGUGAUGAAAAGCAAGGUUUAGAGCCAGAUAUGGAGGCUAAAAACUUUUGGUUGAGCGUUGGUGUUGCCGAGGAUCACAUCUUGCCAGGUAAUGCCAAGGACAACUUCUGGGAGAUGGGUGAUCAAGGCCCAUGUGGUCCUUGUUCCGAAAUCCAUUACGACAGGAUUGGUGGCAGGAACGCCGCCUCAUUGGUGAACAUGGAUGACCCAAAUGUAUUGGAAGUCUGGAAUAUUGUGUUUAUACAAUAUAAUCGUGAAUCCGAUGGCUCAUUGAGACCUUUGCCAAGUAAACAUAUUGAUACAGGUAUGGGAUUUGAAAGAUUGGUUUCUGUAUUGCAAAAUAAGUCUUCUAAUUACGACACCGAUGUCUUCUUACCCAUUUUUGAUAAAAUAAGAGAAAUUACUGGUGUGCGUCCAUAUACUGGUAAGUUUGGCAGUGAGGACAAAGAUGGUAUUGAUACUGCUUACAGAGUGAUUGCUGACCAUGUGAGAACAUUGACUUUUGCAAUUUGCGAUGGUGGUGUACCAAACAACGAAGGUAGAGGGUACGUUUUAAGAAGAAUUUUAAGAAGAGGUUCACGUUAUGUUCGUAAAUACAUGAACUACCCUAUUGGUUCAUUUUUCCAACAAUUGGUUGAUGUUGUUAUUGAGCAGAACAAGGAGAUUUUUCCCGAGCUUGAGAGAGGUGUUGCUGAUUUGAAAGAAAUUUUAAAUGAGGAAGAAUUGUCAUUUGCAAAGACCUUGGACAGGGGUGAAAAAUUGUUUGAGCAGUAUGCAAUAAUUGCAUCAAAGACCCCAGAACAAACUUUGUCAGGAAAAGACGUUUGGAGGCUAUAUGACACGUAUGGUUUCCCAGUAGACUUGACUAGGUUGAUGGCGGAGGAAGCUAGUUUAAAAAUCGACGAAGAAGGUUUUGAAGUUGCAAAAGAAGCUUCGCGGGAAGCUUCCAAAGGCUCUGGACUGAAGGGUGGUGCGUCUUUGAUCAAACUUGAUGUUCACGCAUUGUCUGAAAUUGAUGGUAAGAUUGCCAAGACUGAUGAUGAAGCCAAGUAUGGCCUUGACAAUAUAAAAGCCAAGAUCCUUGCUAUUUACAAUGGAAGUGAGUUUUUGGAAUCUGCAGAGUUCGAUGAAGAGAACAAACAAUAUGGUAUUUUGCUUGAUAGAACCCCAUUUUAUGCUGAGCAAGGUGGACAAGAAUACGAUACUGGUAAGAUUGUUAUUGAUGGCAAAAUGGAAUUUAACGUGGAAAAUGUCCAAGUUUACGGUGGUUACGUUUUACACACAGGCUACUUUGUUGAGGGAUCUUUGGCUUUGGGAGAUGAAGUGGUUGCAGCAUACGAUGAGUUGAGAAGGUGGCCUAUUAGAAACAAUCACACAGGUACUCAUGUGUUAAACUAUGCAUUAAGAGAAACUCUUGGUGAAGGUGUUGACCAAAAAGGUUCCUUGGUUGCGCAAGAGAAAUUAAGAUUUGACUUUAGUCAUAAACAAGCAUUGACAAUCAAAGAGUUGGAACAAGUUGAGCAACUUUCAAACCAAUACAUCAAAGAGAAUAAACAAGUGUAUUACAAGGAUGUUCCUUUGGCCGAUGCUAGAUCCAUAAAUGGAUUGAGAGCUGUUUUUGGUGAAACGUAUCCUGAUCCUGUUCGUGUUGUUUCCAUCGGUGUUCCAGUGGAGACCCUAUUAAAGAACCCAGAGAAUGAAGAAUGGAGAUCCAUUUCUAUUGAGUUCUGUGGAGGAACACAUGUUGCUAGAACAAGCGAAAUUAAAGAUUUGGUCAUCACUGAAGAAUCAGGUAUUGCAAAAGGUAUCAGAAGAAUCGUUGCCGUGACUGGCCACGAUGCUCAUGCUGUACAAAGAAUUGCCAAGGAGUUUGACGAGAAAUUAAACGAAGUGGAUAAGAUGGAGAACGGACCAUUUAAGGAGAGCAAAUUAAAAGAAUUUGGUGUUACAUUGAAGAAGUUGACCAUAUCUGUGUUGGAUAAACAAAAAUUGACAGAUAAAUUCGGCAAAAUUGACAAGUCUUACAAAGACCACUUGAAAGCAAUUCAAAAAGAGGAAAGCAAAAAGACAUUGGAUGUUGUUAAGAAAUGGCUCGAUGGUACAAAGGAGGAAGAAUGUGAUUUCUUGGUUGCUCGUAUACCUAUCGGUGCGAAUGCCAAAGCCAUCACUGAGGCAUUCACCUUUGUCAAAAAGCAAAACAGAGCAAAGUCACUAUACUUGUUUACAGGCGAGUCUGAUAGAGUCGCGCAUGGAUGUUAUAUAAGUGAUGCAGCAAUUGCAAAGGGUUUAAAUGGUUCUGAACUUGCCGCUGCAGCCGUUAAAUUCGUCGGUGGUAAGGCAGGUGGAAAAGGCAACAUUGUACAAGGUAUGGGAGAUAACGAUAAGCAGGUGGAUGCCGCCGUUGAAGAAGUCACCAGAUUGUUUAAAGAAAAACUUUAA